AUGGGAUGCACUUAAGGAAAGUAUAAGUAGAAAAGGGCUUCCUUUUAAUAUGAAAUUUAUGAAAGAGUUUAGCAAGAUUAAAUAAAGGAGGAAAAAAUUUAUGAUGUUCAUAAAAAUCCAAUAAUUCAAAGAAGAGUCAAAACUCAUUCACAAACCCCUGAUUAAUAGAGCAGAACUAAGCAAUACUCUGAUCUCCUUCCAAAUUAGAAACCUUAAUUUUGA